AUGGCGGUGUACACGGCCGCCGCGGCCGUGCUGGCGGGCGUGGAGAGCCGGCAGGGCUCCAUCAAAGGGCUGGUGUAUGGCAGCCGCUUCCAGAACGUGAAGCAGCUGUACGCGUUGGUGUGCGAGACGCAGCGUUACUCGGCCGUGCUGGACGCCGUGAUCGCCAGCGCCGGGCUCCUCCGCGCCGAGAAGAAGCUGCGGCCACACAUGGCCAAGGUGUUAGUGUACGAGUUACUGAUGGGACAGGGCUUUCGAGGGGGCGGGGGCCGCUGGAAGGCUGUGCUUGCUCGGCACCAGGCGAGACUGAAGGCUGAGUUGGCCCGGCUCAAGGUUCAGAGGGGUGUGAGCCGCAACGAGGACCUGCUGGAACUGGGAUCCAAGUCUGAUCCAGCCACCCAGAUCCCCCGGUAUGUGCGUGUGAACACCCUCAAGACUUGCGCUGAUGAUGCAGUUGAUUAUUUCAAGAGACAAGGUUUCUCCUACCAGGGGCGAGCUUCCAGCCUCGAGGACUUGAGGACCCUCAAGGGGAAGCAUUUCCUUCUGGAUCCCUUGUUGCCAGAGCUGCUUGUGUUUCCUGCCCCAACAGAUCUGCAUGAACAUCCCUUGUACCAAGCUGGUCACCUCAUCCUCCAAGACAAGGCCAGCUGUCUCCCAGCCAUGCUGCUGGCCCCACCACCAGGCUCUCACGUCAUUGAUGCAUGUGCCGCCCCAGGCAACAAGACUAGUCACUUGGCUGCUCUUCUCAAAAACCAAGGGAAGAUCUUUGCCUUUGACUUGGAUCCCAAGCGGCUGGCGUCUAUGGCUACUCUCCUGGCCCGGGCUGGAGUCUCCUGCUGUGAGCUAGCAGAGAGAGACUUCCUGGCAGUCUCCCCGGCAGACCAGCGGUACAGGCAGGUCCAGUACAUCCUGCUGGAUCCUUCCUGCAGUGGCUCCGGUAUGCCAACCCGACAGCUGGAAGAUCCCGGGGCAGAUGCACCCUGCAAGGAGCGCUUGCAGGCCCUGGCGGGGUUCCAGCAGCGAGCCCUGAGCCACGCCCUCACUUUCCCGUCCUUGCAGCGCCUUGUCUACUCCACAUGUUCUCUUUGCCGAGAAGAGAAUGAAGACGUGGUGCAAGCGGCUCUGCACAGCAGCUCGGGGACCUUCAGGCUAGCGCCUGUCCUGCCUUCCUGGCCCCACCGGGGCCUUAGCACCUUCCCAGGUGCUGAACACUGCCUCCGGGCCUCCCCUGAGACCACUCUAACUGGGGGCUUCUUCAUUGCUGUCUUUGAACGUCAAGAGGUGUCAAGCUCAGCCUCCCAGACUGCAAAAGUGGUGCCACAACUUGCCCCCCACUCAGCACCAAAGAGAAAGAAGAAGCGGCAAAAACCAGGGGCUGGUACCAGCGCCAGACCCUGCACCUAG